AGGCUCUGUUGGUUUUGUUUUUUGUUUUUUCCAGCAAUUACUGGGUGUUUUUUGCUUUAUUUUGGGUGUUGAUUUCUGGGUUUUUGCUGUUAUAUCUUGGGUCUUUGUGUUUCCGCUGAAAAUCUGGAAAUAUAAAUGCUGAAAAUCUGGAUCUUGAUGUUUGAGAUUAAUGUCGCCAGUUCUCAGUGAAAUCCUUCGUUCCGGGUUUAUGGUAGAUUCCUCCCUCCGGCGCAGAACCCACCUUGUCCAAUCUUUCUCCGUCAUCUUCCUCUACUGGUUUUAUGUUUUCUCAGAAAUUAGCUCCCUAAGAUAUACCUAGAUUAUAUAUAUUCGUGUAUAAUUAUCUGAAUAAUUUAGUAUUUAAUCUAAGUUUUUAUUUAAGUCUUCAUAUAUUUCUAUGGCUUCUUCAAGCGGAAAUUCCUCUGGUUCCGCUCAGCUUCAGAACUUUGCCUCUGAAGGGGAUCUGCAUCGUCCGGUGGAUCAAAGAAAGAGAAAACGGAUGCAAUCGAACCGCGAAUCGGCGCGGCGGUCGCGGAUGCGGAAGCAGCAGCACCUGGACGAUCUGAUGGCGCAGGUCGCCCAGCUGCGGAAGGAGAACAACCAAAUCCUGACCAGCAUAAACAUCACCACCCAGCACUUCAUGAAUGUCGAGUCGGAAAACUCGGUCUUGAAAGCGCAGAUGGGGGAGCUCAGCCAGAGACUGGAGUCCCUCGACGAGAUCCUCGGUUACAUCAACGGCGGCGUCGGCCACGGCGCAGGCUUUGAAACCACCCCUGUUGCCGAUCACAACAGUUUAAUAAACCCUUGGAAUAUGCUUCAUGUGAACCAACCAAUCAUGGCCACUGCUGACAUGCUUCACCAAUACUAUUAAUUAAUCAAAGGCCAUGAUGACAACAAAAAAAUUUAUACCCACCGAAAAAAUGUCACUUCAGCGGUAUUCUGAAACCAUUAACGUAUAGUUAUGUGUUUUAGUUAUUUUAUUUAGUAAGAUGUAAAUGGUUCUGAAUACCGUCGAUGUAAUUGGUUCUGAAUACCGUCACAGUGACGUCGGUUAUUAGUGGUUGGUGGUGUUUGGAAUUGCAUCAUAGUCUCAAAUGAGUGGAGAGGAAGAGAACAACUCCUUUUUGUUUUUGUAAUCAGAUAUUAAUAUUAGAAGCCAAAAUAUGAUCACUGUGAUGGAGAAGGGCAAAAGUGAGAGGGACCACGGAGAAGUGGGUUCUGGAAUUUGUAAUGUGUAUUAUGGUGUGAAGGCUAAAAUUAUCGAUGUAAAUUUCUAUAUUAAUAUUAAAUGAGUUGCCGACUGUUUGUGUACUA